AUGAGGGCUGCCGUCUUGUUGCCCGCUCUUGCCCUGAUCGGCUCGGCCUCGGCCCAGCAGUUCAGAAAUACAUCCUCUGUGGUCUUCUCAAACACCACCACUUCGCAGAGCAGUGCCACUUCAAGCAGUGUUGUUCUGACGACUGGCUCAGAUUCGACCUCUUCUGCUGCCGUGACCAGCAGCUCGUCGUCAUCUGUUGCUCAGAAUGGCACUUCCACUUCGACCAGCAGCUCGGUUCCGACAACCGAUCUGACUAGCAGCUCGUCCGUCAUGUCAAACUCCUCGACCACUGCUUUGAUGACCUCAUCCGCCAUGUCAACUGUUUCCAACCACCGCGUCUGUCAUGUCGAAUUCAUCGGUUGCCGUCUCCACCAGCUCGUCCACCGUGUCCAUCUCUUCGUCCAUGUUCUCGAACUCAUCAACUACUAUGAUGAGCGUCACGGCUGCGCAGAAUUCUUCCACUGCUUUAAGUACUGCUUCGACCACUUCGUCCUCGGCUUGACAUCGACCGCUUCAGGAGCCUCUUCCUCAUCCAGUGUUUCCGGAAAUGCUACCAUGACCUCCACUUCACAGGCCGCCACCUCUACUGCAGUUGUUGAUGGUGUCACCUACACUGUGCAGACCAACGUCACCUAUUCUGGUACUACGAUCAGUCUGCCUGCUGUCAAAAGAGCUAUCAAGUACUACUUUUACAACAAGAGAGCCUCGACUGGCCUGAACCAGUGCAUGGACUCCUGCUCAGCCGCUUCUCAGUGUGUGGGUACAUCGUACACCACCUCUUGCACCUACUACAGCAGCAUCGACAAGAACAGCAAGACCUCUGCUCCCGGCACUGAUUUUGCCAUGGUGGAUUCCCGCUCUGGUCAGAGCAAUUCUACAGCAACGCAAUCUUCUGUCGCUUCGACCAGCAGCAGCACUGCUAGCAUCGUCUCGUCGAGCAGCUCUUUCGGCAACAACACCUCUGGUGCCACGUCAACUGUCGCGUCCUCGAGCGUCUUUUCAAACUCUACUAGCCCUAUGUCGAGUGUGACCGGCCAGUCAUCCAGCCAAACUACCACUUCCGCCGCCAGCGUCUCGGCUUCGACGUCCUCUGCAGCCUUCAGCAACGGAACUUCCACCGCUUCUGCUUCUGCUUCCAACAACACCACCACUCAAUUGACAUCUUCGAUUGAGACUUUCUCGAGCGUCUCUUCCUCUGGUGCCUCGUCGGCUGCUUCUUCGUCGGCUGUUGCUUCUUCUGCUGCCGCCUCUUCUGCCGCCGCUUCAUCGACCAGCGUCUCUUCGUCGGCUGCUCCCUCAUCGGCUGCUGCUUCGUUGGCGGCUUCUUCCUCUGCCGCUGCUUCUUCCACUAACAGCACGUCCUCGACCGACGUAUCUUCCUCUGCUGCAUCCUCGACCGAUGCGUCUUCCUCUGUCUAUCCCCCCUCAAGCGCAGUAUCCCCCUCAAGUGCAACGAACGACACCAUGACCGUCACUGCUUCGGCUUCGAGCUCCGGCACUGCUUCUGGAACAAUGUCAUCCGCCUCUGCUACCACAACGUCUGCCUCGGACAUGGCCGUUGUUAACGGCGUCACUUUCUUCGUCCAGGCCAAUGUUACCUACGACGGUCAGACUUUUACCGUUUCUCUCUCCAAGAGAGCUGGUCAAAGCCUUUCCAACUGUCUUUCUGCCUGUGCUGCCGAUUCUAACUGCCAGGGCACUGCUUUCAAUGGCAACGAUGACACUUGCACUUACUACAGCUAUGUCAACCAGUCGACCAAGCGCGACGCUCCUGGAAUUACUUUUGCCAUUGUCGAGUCUCGACCAGACUCUACCAGCUCUUCUAGCGUUGCUAGCACAACCACUGGCUCAACAUCUGUGUUCCGGAAUUCCACUGCCGCUGCCACCGGCUCCUCGACUGUGUCUAGCUCUGCCAGCGCUUCUGCCUCGACAAGCCCCGAAUCGCUGAUUUGCCCCAAGCUGAACGGUGCAGUUAUCUCCAGUGCGCUCAAGGUUGGCUUUGCCAUUGAUUGUAAUCAUGGUAUCAUUGGAACCACUCUGCAGAUCACCGCCAACAGCAAACGUCAGACUGCCAGCCUUCCCACCACUCUCUCCAACUGUGUCGAUGUCUGCUCUACCUCAGAGUCCUGCGUCGGUACCACCUUCCAGAGCUCGAACAGCGUUUGCACCUACUACAGUGCUAUUCAGAGCACCUACAUCGUUGCCGGAAUGGACUCUGCUCUUCGCAUUGGGUCUAACUCUGACUCCGAGGCCACUACCACCGUCACUGUCGUCUCUACUCAAGUUCAGACCAGUACUGUCACUCUUGGUGGUGGCUCUACCAGCCUUGUCACCAGCACUGUCACUUCCACCGCUGUCCAGACCGUUUGCCCCAAGUGCUCCAUCACCAGCAUUCCUAGCGGUGCUCAGACUAUCGCCGGUCAGACAAACAAUGCACAAAGCACGGCAGUUGUUUACAGCACUACGGUCGUUACCAUUCAUUCUUGCGCCCCUACCGUCACCGACUGCCCUCUCCGCGCCGGUCAGAACUCUGCCAUCGUCACUACCGUUGUUCCAGUGACUAGCACUGUCUAUCAGUGCCCUGUCUCAACCAACAACGCAGUCGUCACCGCUCUUCAAGCUGCUGUGACCGUUCAGAACGUUGUCACCAGCACUGUUUACGAGUGCCCCGCUGGCCAGACCAUCACUGUUGGCGGAAACACGUACACAGCUCCCUACACUUCGUCCUACACUACUCAAAUCACCGCCAGCUCUGCGGCACCUUCUCCUACCGGCGCUGUUUCUACUCAGACCAUCGUCUACGUCAACCAGAUCGUCUCUGUGAUUCCUGGCGUUACUUCUACUAAGUGGGUUGUCGUCUCGACCGCCACACCUAUCGCUGCUGCUGCUACUGCUGCUGCUGCCCCGACUACGACCACCAUCGUGCAGGUUAUCGGAACUGUUGUUCCCACUGCUUGCAAUGGGGUCAACUGCCCUGGUGCCAACGCUGCCAGCGGUGUCCAGACUGUUUCCGGCCAAACGAUGGUCACCUCGAUCUCUUCUGCACCUUCCAUGUCUCAGCCUGCUACCUAUACUGGUGCUGCCUCUAUCCAGAGUGUCCAGGGCGGCAUGAUUUUUGCUUUGCUCGGUCUUCUUACCUUUCUUAUGUUCUGA